UAAGAAGUAAGAACGGCACCAACAAACUUUCUAGAAAGCAAGUCCACUUAGUCGACCAGAAAGCAACUCGCGAAUAAAGAAAUGCUCCUUGUGAAUAAAGAAGAAGAAGAAGAAGAAACUAUUGUUUUUUCAGAACUAGCACAAGCAUUGAGGAAACCGAUUGUGAGAAAAAUUGAAGAAGAAGAAGAAGCAUUAAAGAAACCAGCGCAAAUGGCGAGAAAAAUCGUAUUGUCUGUGUUGGGAAAAAUUUCCAACCUUCUUAUCCAAGAGUCAGAUUCACUGCUUGGAGUAGAAGAUCAAAUUCAAUGCAUUGAAACCCAAUUGAGAAAGAAAGCUGAUAUUUCUGAUAAUUUUUUUGGAAAGACGGCUUUCAUAGAAACAGUUUACGAUCUUGAAGAUGUGAUUGAUCAGUUAAUUAUCAAAUCAGCCCAGAGAAGAAUCAGAUAUGCUUGCAUUCGCUCUGUUAUGGCUUUCGUUCAUCUGCCAAUGUCUUUAUUUUAUAUUUUGGCUCUUGUUGAUUUGCUAGAUUGUUACAGGCUUCGUGAGAAACUGGAACAGAUUAAGAUUACAAUUUCCAAGCCUCGAUUUAUUUUUCAUUCUGGUUACUGGCACAAGUCCUUUGGCAUAUACGAAGUGGGCAUUGGCUUCUCUGUAAUUUCUCCUGUUAUGGGUUUGUUUGAGGCCUUAGCCACUCAGCAGGAGCUUCGUCCUGAUGUGCGACGGCAAGCCAGGAGAUUAAGAGACGAAUUCAGGUAUUUGCAGGACUUUCUAAAAGAUGUUGAACAAUCAAAAGAAUUAAGUGAAGCAGGAAUGGCUUGGAUGGAGGAACUCUGCGAUGUUUGUCGCUCAGCUGAGAAUGUUGUUGGUUUCUUCAUGCAUCAGAUGAAGAACGGGAGGAGAGGACCUUUCCAAAACUUGGUAUGGGCUCCCCGGCAUUUCAUUUCCAAGCAUAAGCUUUUCCAGCAGAUGGCCCGGAUUAAUGAUAAGAUCCGUGAUCUUUCUGGUAGAGGACAUGACGCUAUUGCAGUGUCAAGGAGUGACAAUUUUAAAAGCUUAUGUCAAAAGGGAAAGCCACAUCCUCUUGAUGCUGAUCAACUUGAUAUAGUUAGCUUCCAUGAGGAUGUAGAUGCAGUUAUGGCACAGCUGCUGAAAGAUGACCCUCGCUGCAUCAACAUUUCAAUUGUGGGGGUCCGAGGCGUUGGAAAGACAAGCCUUGCAAAGUUAAUAUAUGAAAGCCAGACUAUUGUAGACCAUUUCCCUCAUCGUAUCUGGGUGUCUGGAGCAACCGGGGUAGACAUCAUCCACCGGAUUUUAGGUAUUGAACAAUCAAUUUUUUAUGGUUAUCCUUGGCCUGAAAAAUAUGUAUGCGAAUUGAGGCAGGCAGUGAAUGAUUUCUUCUUGGAUGAGAAGCAUCUCAUAGUUGUUGAUGACUUGUGUUUAAAGGAAACUUGCAAUCCAAUAGAAUUCUUGAGAAACAUGGGAAGAGUCUUCAAUGACAUAUCAAAUGGAACAAGACUUCUUUUCACAGUUUCCAAUUUGAGGAAAGCUCCACCAGUUACUGAAACUAGUUUAACUUACAGACUGCAUCUUCGAAGCCACGACGAGAGCUGGGCGCUGUUCAAGCACGCUUUGAAGGUAAACAUCUUCCCAGAGAUGGAGAAUCUUAAAGGACACAUCAUAAGAAAAUGUGGGGGGCUGCCAUGGGUAAUUGUGAAACUAAGUGAACUACUAUCACAAAAAGAUGCAACUCUAAAGGAGUGGUCAAAAGUUCUUGACCACUUAUAUCAAGAUCAAGAGCCCUGGUUAAAAAUCCUAGAUGAGAUUAACAAGCAUUUACCUUUGUAUUUGAGAAGAUGUCUCUUUUAUUUUGGAUUAUUUCCAGCAGGCUUUAAGAUCCCUGCAAGAAGAUUGAUUGCCUUGUGGGUUGCUGAGGGUUUGGGGCGCCAACAGAGUAAUGAACAAUCCCCUGAAUAUGUUGCAGAGGCAUGCUUGAUAGAGUUAAUGAACUAUAAUAUGGUUCAGGUGACAGAAAAGAAACUCAAUGGGAAAGUUAAGACAUGUUGCCUACCUGAAGCUCUGCUAGUACACUGGUUCUCAAAAGCCAAGGAAGCUAAUUUUCUUCAAGGUCAUUCUGACGUUUCCAACUCCAACAUAGGUGUAAUACGCCGUCUUGCUGACCAUCUUCAGCAGAGUGAUGCCAUCUUUGAUGAUAUUCAUGGUUACAGCAAUGCUUCCUUGUACUCUCGCUACAGAGAUGUGGUCUCCUUUUUAUCCUUUGAUACACGAGAAGGAAGCAGACCUGGAGAAGAUAUAGGGAACUUUCUCGAUAGAUCCAUCUCAAGCAAAUGCUUCCGGUUCCUCUGGGUGUUGGAUCUGGAAAAUGUAUACAAGCCAAAACUGCCCAAGGCAGUGGGUCAAUUGACUUGUUUGAGGUAUUUUGGCUUGAGAUCAACAUACCUGGAGAUGCUUACUGUGUCCAUCAACAAAUUGCUGAACCUUCAAACACUGGACUUAAAGCGCACUUUCAUCGACACUCUUCCCAGUUCAAUAUGGAAGAUGCAAAAGCUAAGGCAUUUGUUUCUUGAUGAGAGUUUCCAUAAUGCUUUGCGUCGACAAGAAGACAGCUCUCUCGUGGACCUUCAAACGCUCUGGGGUGCAUUUGUGGAUGAGGAUAGUCCUGUGAGAAAUGGCCUGGACACUUCAUUGAAUAUUACAAAAUUGGGAAUGAAAUGUAAGAUAUCUGUGCCCUCUCAAAAUGCAGCAAUGUCCUUACAACUGGAUAAUGUGGCCAACUGGGUUGUAAAACUAAAACAACUUCAAUGCUUAAGGUUGAAAUCAUUUGAUGAAUCAGGCCAGCCAUGGGAUCUGCAGUUGCAGUCUUUGAUAGAGCAUGUGAAACUUUCCAAUAUAUAUUUGGUUGGAAAGCUAAAGAAUCAGCACCUUGUAUCUGAGUUACCAAAGAGCCUGAUUGAACUCACCUUGUCAGCAUCCGGAUUAGUAGAGGAUCCAAUGCAAGCAUUGUACAAGCUACCCAACCUCAAAAUCAUUAGACUCUUGUCCAAAUCCUUCAUUGGAAAGAAAAUGCUCUGCAGUUUUGGAGGAUUUCCAAAGCUUGAAAUCCUAAAGCUCUGGGAGCUCGAGCUGCUGGAGGAGUGGAAUGUGGAGGAAGGAGCACUGCCUAGCCUGAAAGACUUGGAAAUCAGAUCCUGUAGAAAUUUAAAGAUGCUUCCUCAUGGACUUCAGCAUGUUGGGACUCUUCGUGAAUUAAAAUUAACAAAAUUGCCAAUGGUAUCAUCAAGGAUUAAGGAUAAUCUUGGUGGGGAAUGUGAUAAGAUUGCUCAUAUACGCCAUGUGUGGAAGGAGGAUUGAUAAUCCUUAGCAGAAGUCCAACCAAGAAUGGGAUAUGUUCUCAAGGUCAUGAUUCAGAGGAAAUCAAGUGAAAUGAUGGCUCAUUUUCCAAUAUUAUUUUGUGUUUUUUUCUGUUUUUAUUUUCUUUUAUUUUUUCUUUUCCUUUAUUCAGUUUACAGAUCUGUGUAAUUUAAGUGUAAUGUAAUUUUUCCUGUAUGCUUUCCAAGUGGUUAAAGGUUCAAUUUCACCCUUAUACUUAUUGGUAAAGUUUAAUUUAGCCUUUGUUUUUUUUUUUAUUA